UAAAAUUGUUUUUCCUUUAUCAUAUAGCAUUUAUGUUUUCCGAAUGGUCAUUAUCCUUUCUUUCUUUUUUUUUUUACCAUAUAAACAUACGCACUAUAUAUUCGUUCUUCAUUCGUUUAUCACUGUUCUUAUUCUAACUCAUGUCCGUUGUCUGGAAAUCUUUCGUCACACAUCUGCGAUCUCUUCAGCGACACUUUUCGUUUUCGUGUGUUCUCUCGCUCCACUUACUCCUUUCUGCUCUUCUAUACUUAUAUGAUGGCUGUCUACUCGUGACCAAGGAAAACCAUUGCUCAUGCGAAAUGCUAGCAAUGCCGAUGCAUGAUGUUGUUGCACCAGCAGUCGGCCUCACCCGGGUUUGCAUCCGCGGCUUUUGUGUUCGUAGCGGUGCCCUCGUACUUGAUGAGGCAUCAGAUAGUUGCUGCACCAGCGAUAAUACAACUCGAAAUUUUAGGUCCAAUAGGGCUUACACAGCACUUACAGACCUUCUCCACCCUAUUGACUAGAUCCAGAAAUAAGCCAGAGCAAGAUAUCAAGUGCCAAUAGGGGUCACAAGCCGUGGAGUGUGGAAACCCCAUGAUUUCAAGCGCAAGCAAAAAAUCCUCAAAAUUUUCAAUGUCAUUUCCUAUAAACCGUUCUUUUUUUUUAUUUAUUAGUGACCUUCUCCUUGGGAAAUACUUUAGCAAACGCUAAAGAGGGGCUAACUCCCAGUGGUCUUUCAGCUCGCCGAAAACCAAUCCGGAAUUUCUGAGAUCCGGCGCUAUUGCUAGAUAGUCGUUCAUCCGUCCUUUUGGUAGGUCUUGUUUUUAGUCUUGCCGGGUUUCCGGCAACUCUCCUUAAUACGCAAGCCUAGUGGGGCGGUCAUGGUCCAGUCGCCGACCACCCGACCAUUCAACAGGUUGUACUAGUUUCCAUGUUACCUGGAGCACUCAUGAGAAACCUCACCUCACAAGUGACCCUCACACACACACAUGCACACAUAUUUUCAAUCCCACCUCAUUAUCCUACAUUUUUCUAUAACUUCUCCCAGAUCUAUUGUAAAUCCUGUUAUUGUUAACGAUCGUUGUACUUCAUGGUACUUUGGAGUAUUUCUUUGAAACUUUGCGGCCUCAAGUAGAAAAGGCCAUCAAUGUUGCUGUUACUGCUACAGAACGUGAUUUAGUUGCUGCUGCUGCUGCUGUUUGUAGUGCUGCUGCUGUCUUUUCCAGUUAUACUUAAAAACCGUCAGUCAACUCAACAUUGCAUUUGGUUGUAGAUACACUCGCAUAUAACACCAUAUUUAUAUAUACGACCAGAUAUUUCCAUAUACAACACCAUGGUUCUUAACGUUGACUACAACUACCUGGGUUCCAGUGGUAUGAAAGUUUCCAAUAUAUGCCUUGGCGCCCUGACUUUCGGCACUACUGAUGGAAUUAAAUUGCAUCGACCAGGUCAGUUGGACCCCACAGGUGCAUAUCAACUGCUUGACCGUUUUGCUGAAUGUGGUGGCAACUUCAUUGACACAGCAGAUGUUUACACAGCCCGUCAGUCAGAGACAAUUGUUGGUAAUUGGCUCAGCAGCAAAGAGAGGAGCAGGUAUGUUAUUGCCACUAAAGUCCGGUUCAACAAUAACCUCAAAGAUCCGACCGACGUCAAUGCUGUUGGGCUCAGUCGUAAACACAUUGUAGCUGGCUUAGAGAAGAGUCUUGAGUGUUUGCAGACAAAUUAUGUGGACCUUUAUCAGGCUCACUGUUGGGACAGUGGUACACCAAUCAAAGAAACCCUUUUGACUUUCAAUGAUUUACAAAGAGCUGGCAAGAUCCAUCACAUUGGUGUAAGUAAUUUCUGCGGCUGGCAGUUACAGAAAACAGUUGACCUGGCUAACCACAUCGGUAUGUCGUCAAUCCUGACUCUGCAGCAACAAUACAGUCUCAUGGAGAGAAAUGCUGAGUUUGAAGACUUCCAAGUGUGCCAAAAUGAAGGAGUAUCCAUUUUACCAUGGAGUCCACUGAAAGGUGGUUUCCUUUCUGGUAAAUUCAAAAGAACUGAAGCCCCUUCAACGGAAACAAGGAUUGGGUAUGCAGCUUUGGACGAGGAAAACCGGAGUCUUGAAAUUCAGCCUGGAUGGUCGGCAUUACAAUCAAGAGAUGACGUUUGGCUUCUUCUUGAUGCUAUGACAAAAAUUGCACAAAAUCACAGUAAGUUCAGCGGUUUUAUCUUUUCUAUCAGUCUGCCUUUACCCCACUACUACCAACACCCCCACCAUCAUUUUUAUUAUUCUUUUUACUCAGUAGAAGAAGGGCAGUGUGUGGCCCUUUUUCAUGCCCUUCCAGACCAGUGGGUCAAAUACCUGACCCAAAAUCUUUCCAAAACAAUAGACACUGCAAAAGACAUCCAAGAACUUUGAGGUGGUUUGAACCAU